UUCUACUUAACAUGCGUUGAAAUCAGAUUUUGUUGCAAGUUGCAGCGAAUUUGUUGCUCGUGUAACUCCAGCUUUAUACCCAUGCAUGCUUGCAAUUUUUGUUUUAUGUAUCUCGCAGAUCCCAGUUUCUGGAGAUUUACUGAAUAAGUAUCAAACUAGUUAUGGAAGAAAAUUAAAGAAUUCAGAUGAAAACAGUGAGAAUGGAAGUGAUGUAUCUUUGUCAAAGGAAGAGAUCCGCGCUAAGAUUGUGGAAGAAAUUGUCAGUACAGAACGAGAUUAUGUUCAAAAUCUUAAAGACAUUGUCGAGGUAGAUUUAUACAUAUUAGUCAUGGUCAUGUUUGAUAUUGAUAAUUAGAUAGCAAUAAAAACUUCCAGUCUUCAUUCCUGGAAAACUAGAAAACAGUGUUGCUCCUGUGUUUUCCGAAGAUAGGAAAAACAGGUACUAUAACCACAUUGUUCCCACAAGAAAAUCACAUUGUCUUGUUGGGACUAUAUUUUUAAGGGCGGACAAACGGCAAAACAUUAAAUAGCGUUCUGGGAAUAACACAACAUUGUUCCUAGGGUCUUCCCUCUUGUGGAGGUUAUGGAGAGAGUCUGGGAAUGACAGAUAAAAAUGGGAAUGAGAAAACCAUAUACCAUUAUAAGACAGAGUUAAAUAAGUUUACGAAAAGCUACCGAGCAACGUUUGAUUGAAACUGAUGUGUCUAAAAAGUCCAGGAACAUUGCAUUUUACCUUUUCAUGGCUCGAUUCAUUUUCCAUUAAGUCUUCAAUUGCAGAAAAUGAAAGGUAUUUAUAGACUUCGAACUUUUCAUUCGGUGUAGUCUGAAGUCCGAAGAGAUAAAUGCAUCAAUGUACAGUAAAUAAGUGUCGUCUUUUUUAAUUAUGUGGCGGAGGCGGAACAACGCAAUAUCUAUUAUUUACCUGUCCUAUUGUUUUGCCACGAAAUGGGCGGUAAAUGGUAAUAGGACAAAAGGAUCGAGAGUUGAUGAAAGGGAUUAUUAGGGAUCUUGCCAGUCAAUAUCCCCUGAUAUUUUUUUCAGUUACAUUAAACCGGUUGUAUAUUUUCUUUUUCAGGGUUACCUCAAACAAGCAAAGAAAAGACCAGACAUGUUUAAUGAUAGACUACUGGCAAUAAUAUUUUCAAACGUUGAAAAGAUUUAUCACUUUCACCUGGAUUUCUUACGUUGUAUUGAACGCCAAUAUAAUCAAGCAUGGAAGGACGUUUCUAGUGUUGGAGAAGUUGGUGCAGUCUUUGUACAAAACGUAAGUAGUUUCUCCAGUCAUCAGUAAUUUCGUAAACGGAGCGCAGAUCAUUAUCAAUUCUGGCUAGCUUGACUGCACAAUAAAUAAUUGCCAUAUAGAAUUUUGUCACAGUGAACCGAAAUCUAAUAUCUAUUUGAGAAAUAUGACCCAUUUAAACAAUUUGGUAGGUAUUUCAGAACCCUUGCAUGCACCUCUGCAUUCAAAAUCGACAAUCGUGUUUGACAAAUAAUUCCAAACUGUAAAAAAGAACAACAUUUUAGACUAUUCCAAGCCUGGUUUGUAGUUUACUUGCAACAUGGCAGCCAGCAAUAACGGAAAUUGUGUGGCGGGGACUGGAGAGGAGAGGCAACUACCCAAGCUUAUCAUUAUUUUUGCGCUUACUGCAUGUACGUAUUUGCAGACUAUGCUGCAUAUACUUCAUUCCACUUCUUUGUUCAUUAUUUUAUGUUUGCGCUCACGUCGCUGCAAUUUUCGCUUUCGUAAACGGUCGUUACCAUCCGAAACUGGCGUUACCAUCCCGAGUCUUAUAGAAUUCUGGGUAAGCAGAGCAAAAUUCUUCGUUGUCCCAUGCUGUCCCGCAUGUCACAUUUAUUUUUAGCGUAUUGUGAAUAUUAGAGGAAAAUAUUACUAUAAAAGUAAUAUAAAUAUUACUGGUCGCUACCGACAACCAGGCUUAAUUAAUAAAGCAAUAGCUAUUACAAUAUGGUUACUAAUUGACUAACCGUGCAUGGUAUGGGUAGUAACAAAAAGACGCUCCAUGCAGGAUGUACAGUAUAUAUAUGUAGUUUAUACAUAUGCUCUUUCAUAUAUAAUAAAUAAUAAAAACUAUACAUUGAUUCAUCGUAUGUGUUAUCCAGUUGCAGAAAAUCCUCCAUUCUGUUAUUUCAGAAAGAAAAAUUCGAGUUAUAUUCUGAAUAUUGCAACAACCACCCACGAGCUUCUUCUGAUCUAAAACACCUACUACAACAGGACAAAUAUCGAUAUUUCUUUGAAGCAUGUCGAAUGUUACACGACAUGAUUAAGAUUUCUUUGGAUGGUUUUCUUCUAACGCCUGUUCAGAAAAUUUGCAAAUAUCCUUUACAACUACAGGUAGGUGUCGGUGUUUCAGUUGUACUGUUGGAACCAGCUCAAAUGCAAAAUAGAUUGCAAUUAUGAUAGCCAACAUAGUCUAGCUAUCACACAGGCAAUGUACAUGCAUGUAUGGGUAGGGUUCCAAUCGUUGACAAUUAUUAUUUUUAUCUCAGGAACUUCUAAAGUACACAAAUCCAGAACACAGCGAUUAUGACAAUGUAAAGGAUGCGUUGGAAGCUAUGCGUGAAGUAGCCUCCAGUAUCAAUGAAAAGAAGAGACAAGUGGAAAAUAUAAAGAAGAUUGCUGAAUGGCAACUUGCAAUUGAACAAUGGGAGGUUAGUACAUGUACACUGCAUAUAAUUAAUAAUAGAUCAUUUCUUCUCUCCUGCAAUGGACCAUUUGCAUUAUAGACUAAAUUUUGAUCUAGAUAAAAAUUUCAUCACAGCUUGAAAGAGCAUCACAAAAUUAGUAAUAUUCCAAAGUUUCGUUGCGAAUUGUUGUAAAAUGCGGAUAAUAUAUAGCCUUGCGAAGUUUGCCGUUUUUCACUCAUUUUGUAUUAUGCAUGGGAAAUUGACAGCCCAAUCGGGUGUUGGGGCAUCAAUUUCCCGUUUGUAAUACAAAAUGACUGAAAAUUGCAAAUUUCGCAAGGCUACUUAACAGUUAUUCUACGAACUCGAGUCGAAUAUGAGCUGAUAGCCGAUGAGGCGCGUAGCGCCGAAUCGGCUAUCGCUCAUAUUCAACGAGAGUGAGUGGAAUAACUGUUUUAUUAUAUACACAAGGUCUGAAUUCACAGACUUUGCUUUUCGAAUAUUUUCAAUAUUUUUCUAUUCUGUUUAUGUUUUUAUCUUCGCUCUUUCGGCCGAUUAUUUUUUCAAAAAUAUAUAUUUUUAACCAUUUUAAAUAUUAAAAAUUUAUUUGCUAAUCUUAAAACAAUUUGUGGGAGUUUUUUCAUUGUGUUUUUAAUCCUGUGAAGGCUAUAAAAAGCGACAACUUGCCGUUUUCUCGUUUGCAAAACAUCGUAAAUUCAGUUUGGCCGCCAUUUUGUUUUUCUCUACUAGCAGGAUAUGAGCUAAUAUCCUGCUAGUAGAGAACCAAUCAGAUUGCAGAAUACUUCAUAUCCAGACCUUGUGUAUAUAAUAAAGUAUAUUAUCCGCAUUUUACAACAUUUCGCAACGAAACUUUGGUAUAUUACUAAUUUUGUGAUGCUCUUUCAAGCUGUGAUGAAAUUUUUGUCUAGAUCAAAAUUUAGUCUAUAAUGCAUAUGGUCCAUUGUCCUUGUUUAAAAAAAAUUUUUGUAAUCUAUUCUGUUCUUUUUGUCUCUUAUCUGCAUGGCUUUGUCUUCAUUUGUGUGUCGCACAAGCUUGGAAUUACAUGCAUGAAUGUUGUGAAUGUUGAUGUUUUACUUAUAUAUAUACUCACUGUCAGAUGUUUUCCGUUUAAUUUUUAAGUCUUUGAUGUUAAAUAUAAAUUAAAUGUGUUCGUUUAUUGUAUUAAAAGGGUGAAGAUGUGCUGAUCAAAAGUAGCCAACUAGUCCAUUCCGGGGAAGUUGUGAAGUUGUCUAAAGGAAAAGCACAAGAUGUCACAUUGUUUCUAUUUGAUCAUCAACUUGUUUAUUGUAGAAAGGUAAUACUGAUGGAAUUUAUAUACGACCUCUCGAGUAAUGUCGAUUCAAAACUACAAAACUUUGGAGAUUACUAAAGGACAAUUUGUGGAAUAAAUUGAGUUUAGGUUCUUCCAGUUGGAAAGAAUUCUUAAUGGUGAAGUGGACGGUUUUUACACCAUUUUCUUGUUUAAGUACUAUUUAAAAAACGAGCAGGAGUGUUUUUAGGUUUAAAGCCACGAGCGCGCAGCGCGAGUGGCUUUAGACCUAAUAAAACACGACCCGCGAGUUUUUUAAAUGACUUCAAAAACGUAUGCAUAAUAAGUCAAAUCUUUAUAUAAAAAUCUUUAUAUAAAAACCUUUAUAUAAAAAUCUUUAUAUAAAAAUCUUUGUAUAGUUUGCAUAACAAUGGUCUUUUGUUAAAGUGUUCUUUAGCUGGUAUAAAGACGUAUGCACGUGACUAAUUUCUUACUCAAGAUUGGAUAAUUGCUUCAUGAAUUAUUAAUGAGUUUUUGAAGUAUAUAUAAUUAUUUCUUGUAACAGGAUUUGAUAAAGAAACGUUCAUUGGAAUAUAAAGGACGAAUUGUACUGGAAAAUUAUAAGUUUGAAAAACUUGAAGAUGGAGAAGGUACUGAUAAACAUACAUGUAUGAAUAUAUUAUAUCUACAUGUAUCUAUCUAUAUGAAUAUAUAAUAUAUUAUAUCUAUCUGAUAUUAUAUCGAGUAUCAGAUGUUUGGACAUUUACAAUGCCAAUGGCCAACGAAUAAUCCUAAUGCCACUGCAUGCAUGUAGUUCUUCAAAUUAAAUAAUUCCUAUCAUAUAACUAUAUAUGUUUUUCAGUGUCUCAAAAUGGCGUAGUAGUGAAAAACGCGUGGAGAUUAUCGAGCAAACAGAACAAUACAAGCUGUUUAUUUCAAGCAAAGUCAUCAGAACAAAGAGAUAAAUGGAUUGGAUACUUUCUUCAAGAGAGGAAAAUUGUCUACGAAACGACGUCAGGUAUACAGUAUACAUAUACAUGCAGUCUAUAUACAAACAGUGUAUGCCGUGCUGUUGUUUUGCCCGUUUAUGACUGUGUAACUUAUACUUUCUCACAUUAUUAAGAUGUCCUACUUACAGUAUAUAGAUUGUAAUAAAUGUAGCCUAUAUAUAUUUGUAAAUUAUGGAUUCUAUUUUGAGAUAAUAGAAUGAUAGAAAUGGUUUGGAGAAGCUCGUAUUCUAAAAUUUUGAUGAACGCCAAAAACUGCAUGUAUUUGAAUUUAAUAGAUUUAAACUAUUGCAAAAGGUUAAUUUGUUCAAAGCGAUAUAUUUUGAUCCUUAUAUUUUGAUGGAAAUAAUGGUCAAUCUAGUUUGGUGGAGAAUUAGUUUCAGGCCAUGUAACUAUCGCCGUUCAGGUCUGCUUUCAAAUUGUCAAUCAGUGGAAAUUGCUAGCUUUUCUGUGUCUAUAUCAUAAAGAUACCUGAUGACCCAUUUAUUGUACAUUUAGCUAACAGUAUCCCUCUUGAAGAACGUCUGGCAGCAAUAGAUGAAGCAAAAAAUGCUAUGAAAAGUAGAAAACAAAUCAGUAAGUAUAUCGUGUUUCUGUGAUCGACCAUCUUUGUAGAACAGAAAUAUACUAUUGUUGUAGCAAGACCGUGGUUCAGAUAAUAAGAUUCUUGUAAUUAUCCUGUCCCAUCGCAUUAUCAAGCAACCUAAAACAGCUCGAACCGACAAUUUUCAUAAUUAGAUAAAGGCACUUUUCAGUCCUUUUGUCCUGUACCUGAAAAACAACCUCCCUACGCCAUGGCUAUCCAACGUAUCCGCAUUUACUUUUAUAACAUUAAAUUUAACAUUAUCGAUGAAUAACUUCCCUCUAGGUCGGAUUUCUUUUCCCGGCUUUCCCUUUCAUGCUUCUGCAGUGGUGUUUAUAGUAUUUACAACAUGCACGCGUCUUAUAUUUUAAGAUUUAAUUCAUUUUACCUUUUAUAGUUUUACUACCAUGCAUACAUGCAUGCAUAUAUAUGAAUGCCAGCCGAUUUCACCUUAAUUAAACUAAUAUAUAACCCAAACUCUUUACUAUCAGCCAUGGUGUUUGCUUUUCCUAUUAAUUUUUUUAUUCACCAACAAUAUAAAGUAUUUACAGUGCAUGUAUCCAUUUUCACCAUGAUAUUAAUUUAGUACAUAUGCAUGUCCUCCACCUGCGACUAAAAUCUGUUUUAUAAUUUCACCUUAUUUCGCCUCAGUCGCAGGCGAGAAGAGGUUUUUUCAGGUUGACUCUAUCAAACAGCAAACACAGGUUUUAUUUGGGAACUCGGCUUUCCUCCUCUGCAUGUAUUAAUAGUAAAACUGUGCCGGCAAUAAGGUAUGUCAUGGACCCUAAAUAGCGGAGUUUGAAACUGGUAUAGAGCUUAGAAAUAUAUAGGUUAGUUUAGUUUUUGUUGACAGUUAACACAUGAUGUAUAAAACAAUAAAUCAUCAGUGGUAUUGUAUUUUUCCAGUUAAAGGUGAAAAGAAAUAUGGCAACUUUAAUACAGUGAGUCGAGCAAUAGGACAAUUACAUUACGGAAGUGAAAUUCACCAUCGUAAGAUCGAUCUACCUCCACCUGUAUCUAGUGCCAUGUUGUUUCAGAGAGAUCAAGCGAGAUCAUCUUUUCUGAGACAUUCUGGCGUGUUCAAGAAACGACGGCCCAAACCAAGACACCGAUCUCAGCCUAGAUGAUAAUUAGCUGCAUAUAUAAUAACUCCUUCUUUGUACGUUUUCAUGGCAAUCUUUAGCCAAAUUAAUUUCCGUCUAAUACUAGAAACUUGCAUGUCUGACGGAUUCAAUCCGAUUCAACGAAAGCAAUCCGACGAAUGAGCCUGAAAAUUCGCGAAACCUGUUUUUUUACAUCUCCAGCUAAAAUUCGUCUUGAUUUAUUCGUCUGCAUAGUCGAGCGUCUGCUUUCCCGUUUCAGUCAGGAAACUCGUCUGUAACUACUUAUGCCGUCGUUUGGACAGGAAAGUUAUAGUAAGACGGUAAUUAAUACAUAUAUAGUGUUUCUUUACAAAAUAAAUAUAAUCGCGGUUAAUUCUACAGAUACAAAGUAAUUGCCGAGCAAGUCAGAAUAAAAAAAUUAUACCCUAUAUAAAGAGUCGUAUAAGUGAUAGCAGCAGGUAACUGCGUAUAUAUCAUCGACAUCGUUAAAAUGCCUUCAUAAAAAUAAAAAAAACAUUCGUAUAUGCUGCAGUUUUUUCAGUAUGGAAUUUCCAUCAAUAUAUUCAUUUUAUUUAUAUUGUCGAGAAACUUACCUAAAAGUCGUUCUAAAAAUUGAAUUGUUGGAACUAAUAAUGAGUAAUGUGUCAAGAUUUUAUUGAUACGUUUUACAUAUAUUUAAUAUACAUUGUAUAUAUAACUUAGUAUUUUUAUAUUAUUAAAUGCAUUCAUGCAUGUUAUUGAAUCAGUUGUGUUGUGGCAAUCAUCCAACUGAAUCCUGUGCAAUAUUUUUCUAGUUACAGAUUAUGGUAUCCAAUUGUAAAUUAAAGGUUGUUCAAGCAGC